AUUGCCCAUGCGUAAAACCUUUUUCCGGUUUCACUUUCACUUUGUAACAACAAUGUGGAAUUUCAGUUUGCAAUACACCAUAAUCGUUUGUUUGUAAUUUGACUUGCUAUAAGCUCAGUACUUUGUUUUUUAUAUAUAUCAAAGUUAAAUUCAAAAUGACGGAAGAGAAGCUGAAAGUUGAUCUAAGUGUACCAUUUCCAAGUGAGGAGGAAGCACAGAUAGCGCACGGAACUCUCAGUGUCGACGCUGAACCUAAGAGAGGUGGAGUGAAAAAACAACUUACAGUCAAUGGAAAUAUGCUCAAUGUACAUUUUGAAUCACUGGAAGCUCGUAUGAUGCGAGUUGGUGUCAACUCGUUUUUUGACCAUCUAAAUCUUGUGAUUCAGACCAUGGAACAAUUUGGACCGCCACGGAAGAAACCAAAGUCCUGAAUAAAAGUACUGUAAUUUAAUGAUUGAAGAGGAUAUUUUGUGACAGACUACUUCUGACUUUUAAAGAAAGAUUGGAGAAGACUGAAACAUAUUUUACAAAUUUCUCAAAGUUUGCUGACUCAGCCUUUUUCUCCUUUCAAUGUAGGUACAAACAAAUAUGUAUAGUAGCUUAACCAUUUAGCUGGCAUAUUUUAAGUAAAAACCAAAAAAGUACAUAAUUAUACUGUAAAACACUUUUCCAUACUGUAUCAAAACUGGUACUACAAUGGUAAGAAAUUUUGUGUUUACACACAGGAAAGACACUCAUUUUGUAAUAUGAAUUAAAAGUACUACUAGUAUGAAGCACUAUGUGUUUAAGAUUGUGUUACAAUGACGUGUUUGCGUGUACCAAUGUUUGAUUUCGAAGUCUAUACUGGUACUUCGAUAUUCAUCUCUUAGGUCCGUUUUAAGUAUAUAUUUUUUUAAAUAAACUUCUAACAGAUA